AUGUUACAAUCAAAAGGAGUAUCAGAUUUAUUACAAGCCGAAAAAAAAGCACAGGAUCUUAUUGAAGAAGCUAGAAAACGAAAAAAUAAACGAAUCAAAGACGCAAAAGAUGAAGCAAAGGCUGAUAUUGAAUAUUUUAAAAAUGAUCGGGAUUCACAGUAUAAAAAGUUAGAAGAAAAGACACUCGGUGAUCGUUCAACAAUUGAAGCAGAUAUUAAACAAGAUACAGGAAAGAAAAUCGCAGAUUUACGUUCACAAUAUGAUCAAAAUAAAAAAGAGUUAUUAGAACGUGUGAUUGCACUUGUAUGUGACAUCAAACCAGAAUGUCAUGUCAAUGCACGAGAUUUUGUAAAACAGAAUCAGUAA